GGAACUAGCGGACUCUGGACGACAAGCAGAGCGACGCUUGAUUGCCUUACUGUUGUUGCAUGUGCAAGAAACAUCAAGGACACUUGCUGUCAAGACUUCGAACACUGUUACUCUGACCUUAAAGAAAAAGAUAUAAUUGUUGGUUGCGAGUAGUCCGUCUACACUUGGGAUUGCAAUGGAUGUUCUACCUAUGUGCAGCAUUUUUCAGGAGCUUCAGAUUGUUCACGACACUGGGUAUUUCUCGGCUUUACCAUCCCUUGAAGAAUACUGGCAGCAGACAUGUUUGGAGUUGGAGAGGUAUCUGCAGAGUGAGCCAUACGUGUCUGCGUCUGACCUUAAGUUUGAGGGUCAAGAGGACCUGUGGAGCAAACUGAUCUUGGCCUGUGGGGACAAGACUGAGUCAGACUCCCAGGUUCCCAAGAACGUUCCAGAGGAGGACAAUCAGGACAGCCAUAUCUUAGAGACCAACAGUUUGAAUUCGGAUGCUAGCAGCGAGGCUUCCGACAGCUCAGAGGAGCUCUCGCCUACUCACUGCUUUACCUCAAAUGCUUUGGGCUCUGUCCUGUCUGAACAGGGACACUUAAGCACCUCCAUCAUCACCACACCACCCUCGUCCCCAGAGGCUGGACAGGAACCGGGAAUCCCCCAAGUCUGGAACAACGUACAGACUGAGUUGCACUUGCCAGGUAAAAUCCGGCAUGGUGGGAUUGGGAAAGCUUCGGACAAGUCCGGAUUGGCUGGAGGAGAUGCUUCCCCUGACGGGAGGAGAAGGGUCCACAGGUGUCACUUCAACGGAUGCCGAAAAGUCUACACAAAGAGUUCUCAUUUAAAAGCACAUCAGCGCACUCACACAGGUGAGAAGCCGUACAGGUGUUCAUGGGAAGGCUGCGAGUGGCGUUUUGCGCGCAGCGAUGAGCUAACCCGACACUUCAGGAAGCACACUGGUGCAAAGCCAUUUAAAUGCAGUCACUGUGACAGGUGUUUUUCCAGGUCAGACCACCUGGCCCUGCACAUGAAGAGACACCUGUGAGCUGGCUCCCACAAAGAGGUCAGAGCAGCAGAAAACAGCAGCAUCGUGGGGGAAGCGUGUGUCUCCUGACCUGUCUCCUGGUUGAUCUGCCCUUUGUAAGGAGAAAGGGAGGGGAGCAAGUUCCAGCCAAAGCAUGCCAUUUUUGCACCAUACCCUGUGCCUCCGCCAGCUCCAGGAUAGGCCCCUCUGAUGGUUGUUGUUGGAGGAAAAAGGAAGGCAAAAUCAUGUACGAAGAAGCGAUGAGUGAGGAACUGAAAAGCAAGUUAAAA